AGGGGAAGGUCAUUACAGGCUUUCUGCUUGGACAAAAAGACAGACCGAUGGAACUCCUGAGACUUCACUUCCCUGGGGUGCACCGUGCCCUGAGGGAUGCUCUGGACUCCCUAAGCACCUUUGCUUCCUACUUCUUAGGGGACGCAGUUCCCUCUGCAGAGGAAAGGGAGGAGAACCUCAGCAGGAGAGAUGGGGGGAGAGGGGAGGAGCUCUGGGAAAUGACUGCAGAAGGGGGCCAGCAAGCGAAGGAGUGUAAGGGAGCACUGGAAGAGGAAGGGAUCAGCCCCAGAGAUCUGGAAGAUGCUUUUCCCUCUAGAGGGUCCGAGUCCGGAGAGGCUUUGGAGAAAGGGAAAGAAAAAAAGGCCAGGGAAAUCCAGGAAUCAGAGGCUGAGGGAAUCUGGGAGAUAGGGAAAGAGACUGGGGCAUGCCUGAGUGAGGAGACGACCAGGGUCUGUAGAACUUGGGACAGCAGCAACGAGAAUUCCAAAGAGGUUAAAGGAGAGAUCAGAGGGAACGACAAGAUAGAAGUCCGAGGAGCAGAGCCCAAGCAAGGUCAAAAGACAGAUGCAGUAGAGGCUAGAGAAUGCAAAAAGGAAGCACUCUUGGCUGAAGGAUACCCGGGGACAGAAGGAUUUGCCUCAGAAGAAAAGGGUGGCAGAGAGCCAAAAGCACAGGGCAAGAAAAAUCAAGAGCCUCAUAAGAAGGAAGUCAGUGUAGGGAAGGCUGAGAACUACUGGGAAAGGGAGGAAACUGAGCCUGUGGGAGAACAGAAGGAAGAAGUCAAGGAGAUAAAGCCAGGAGAUCUUGAAGAAAGGACUUUGAUAGCCUUCGGGAUGGAGUCUGAGUAUGGAAUAAUGUGGGAGAAGGAAAAGGACAGGCAAACACAGGAGGCAGAAGGAAAUAUCAGAGAUUGGCAAGAGACAAGAGAAAGUGAGAAAGCCCAGAGGAUGAAAAAAGGAGAGCCAGGGAAUGGCCAGAAGACAGAAAUGGAAACCAGGAAAAGUCAUGAGACCAAGAAGGGACCUGAUAGAGCACUGGGGGUAGGAUUUGGGAAAGAUGAGAAAGUAGAAACUCCUGAAAAACAGGAGUUAGAGAAGCAUGAGGUCAAGGUAGCUUGGGAGGCUGAGAAGAUUGAGAUCAGAUGUGCAAAAAAGGAAAUAGAAAAGAAAGUGGCUUGGGAAGUCCAAGGUGUAAAGCCAGUGGAUAUAGAUAUAGAAAAACUACAAGGAAUCCAGGAGCCAGGAGAAAAGACUGAGAGAGAAGACAACAUAAAAUCUGAGGUCUGGAUAACUUCAGUCAUAGAGAAAGCUGAGGCCAGGGAAGCUGUAAAGUCAAAGACAGCAGAAACAAGUCCAAAAAAAGAAGCUGAGGAAACCUGGAAGGCAGAGGAUAUGGAGAUCAGUGGAGAAUGGAACAUGGAGGUGAUUCGAAGGGGCUGGGACACAGAAGAAGCAGCUGGGAAAGACUGGGAGAAGAAGAAAGAUAAGGAGAGAGAGACUGAGGAAAACCCAUUCCCAGAGCAAGUUCAAAUCCAAAAAACAGGGAGAGAGGAAGAAGUGACAGACUUCUGGGUCCUGGAAAAAAAGAAGAUUGUGAAAGUUCUAGAAUCAGGGAUGGAAGCUGAAGGAAGUUGGGGCUUGGAGGGAGAGGCUGGGGAAAGCUGUGAGAAUCAGAAAGAGCAAAAUGGAGGCCAGGACAUUCAGGAGACUACAGUCUGGGAGGGAACACUCGAUAAUGUUAGUAGGAGCAAGGAGAUAGAGUCAGUGGAGGCUAAGGAAGUCAUGGGAGGCUGGGAGAUUGCAUCUGAGAGGCCCCAGGAAGUUGGGGAGACAGAAAGAAUAGAGGACUCAAAUGAGAUUUGGGUAACAAGGCCAGAAAAAGAGGUAGAGGGAGCCAAGUUAAUGAAAGAGGCAGAGGUGGGAAAAAGCCAAGAGUUAGACACAAAGGACAAUGGAAGCUAUGGGACAGAGGAGGACAGGAAAGACCAGAACACUGAGAUUGGGAGAAACUGGAACAUGGAAUCAGAAAGUGGGAGAGCCCAAGAGACAGAGAAAGAGCCCAAGCGAGUCCAGGAUCUAAUGGAGGAAGAAGCCAAAGGAAAAGAGGAGGAACCGUUCAGAAUUCCAGAGAGAGAGACCCUGAAGGGCUGUGAGAUGGAAGCCUAUAGUGCCCAAAAUAUUAAGAACACAGAGAAUGGAAAUGUCCAAGAGGUGAAAAAACAGGAUUUAGUUGUAGUAAAAAGCUGGAAGAUAAUGGAAGGAGAGUUUGUGAGUGGCCAAGUGACAGAAAUAGAAGACAAGGGAGGCUGUGAGGGUGAGGAAGAAGUUUUCACACCCCAGACUAGAAAAGACAAGGGAAACUGGGAGGCUAAGGGAAGCCAAGAGUUCAAACAGCAAGAAGUCCCAAAGGCAGAAGUUAAAACAGGCUGGGGGGCCAAGGAGGCUGGGACAACAGAACCAGAGAUGGAGGAAAAAGAAGUCAGGGAAGUUUGGGAGAAGGAGUUUGAGGGAGGCCAAGAGGCACAGGUUGAUAGAGGCCAUAAAAUGGAAGAGUCUGAAGCCAGAAAACUCCAGGAAAGGGAAGCAAUGGAAGCUAAAGAAUACUGGGAGACAGAAGGAGAGGUCAUAAGAAGCCAGGAGAUGAAGGAGGUUGAGGGAAGUCAGGAGAGGGAGAAUAAAAGUAGCAGAGCAUUAGAUAGAGAGGCUGAAGAAGUCUGGGAAGGAAAUGCUGGAAGCCCAUGGAAUACUGAGAUAGUAAAUGAGAAAGUAGACCUGAAUUUAAAGGAGGCUGAGGCUGGAAGAAGCCAGGAGACAGAGCAGAAGAUGAAAAGAGACUGGAAGGAAAUCCAAAGUGGUUGGGACUCAGAAGAGGCAACUAGCCAGGAAAGAACAGAAACUAGAGAAAGUCUAGGUUCAAAUUUAUUAGAGGUUGGAGACAGGGAAGCACUGGAGGAAGAAAAUAAAGGCUUCUGGGAGGCUGAAGGAACUGAAGAAUGCCAAGCAACCAAGAGAAUGACUGAGAGAGACCAAGUUGUAGAAGAAUCAGAGGCUGAGAGAACCUGGGAGAGGGGAGGGAAAGAAUCUGAGGGAGGCCAAGGAACAGGCUCAGCAGAUGCUGAAGAAUCCUUGAUAGCUGAGAAAGAGGAGGCAGGGAGCAACAGUGAAAAAGAGAAAUCUGCCUUCUGUCAGGGAGCAGAGAUACAGAGAGCAAUGACCAACAAGGAUGUGGAGCUUAAGAAGGAGGAAGAGAUGAAGGAGGGGCAAAUCAAGUCAGAGAAAAAGCCUGAAGAGGGCAAGGAAAACAGGGAAACAGAGAAGGGGGUUGGAGACCAGGGUGUGAACUCUGAGAGUACCUGGUCCAAGGAGGAAGAGAAACGGUAUGAGGAAAAUACCCAGGCAGAGGCCAAAGCUGGGGGGAGCCAUGCUGUAGAGGGGGAAAGUUCCACAGACAACCAAUAUAUGGAGAAAGUAGAGGCUAAUGGAGGCAGGAGGCCGGAGACAGAGAAGAUGGAAGGCAGCGACGACAUAGAAGAGGCAGACAUUCAAGGAGCUGGAAACAGGGAGGAGUUGGUGCCUGCUGGCUGCUCUGACAAUGAGAAAGCAGCAGGCUGGGGAGAUGGAGACAAGGACUCAGAAACUUCUGGAGUCUGGGAAUCCAGUGACAAGACUGGAAGAGUCUGGGACUUAGAGAAAGCUGAGCCUGGUCAAGGCAGGGGAACGGAAGGAGCUGCAGACACAGGCUCUGGAGCCCUGGGAGCAUCAGAAAACAGAGAGACAGAAGCCACAGCACCCACCAACUCGAUAGCGCUAAGACUGUCUCCUGCACCCAAUCCUGCUGAUGAAGCCCAGAGCAGCUGGAGUGAGGUCCCCAUCCCUGGUCCAUGCCUGGACCUCUCCAUUCCGAGAAGUCGAGUUCUCCUCUCCAGGAACGCCUCCCAACGCCGAUCACGACCCUCUUUUCGAAGGGCACCAGCACCAGAGAAGGGUGACAGUGAUGAUGACGAUGAGUCUCUGGGCUUCCUUCCCGAUGAGGGAUCCCCAGCCUCAAAACUGAGACUACUCCAAUCCGAGGAAACUGCAGUGCCAAGUCCCCCCAAGCCAGAGGAGACCCCAGUCACAGCGAGGAAACGGCCCCUAGGCCAUGGGUUUGGCCUUGCUCAUCCAAGCAUGAUGCAGGAGUUACAGGCUCGUCUGGGACGGCCCAAGCCCCAGUGACCUGAAGUCUCAUGAACC